GAACGUCAUCAAAAUAUCAGGUAAGAAGAAGAGAGUAUUUUGGGGUAUGACGGGGGGUUUAACGAGUAUUAAAACGCUUUAUGAUGCACAGAUGGAAUCGUUGAUCAAAGUCUUAAAAUUGAAUGUGGAAGAUAAGAAAGAGGAAACGGGAGAUUAUGAAGAAUCGGGAGGCCUUACGGAAGAGAUUAUAUGGAAGAUUCUUAUAUUUGAUAAGUUUGGACAAGAUAUUAUAUCUACGGUUCUUAAAGUGAAUGAUCUUCGAGACCAUGGAGUUACAGUUUUUAUGCAGUUGAUGUCAGAAAGACAGCCGAUCAUGGGUGUUCCGGCGAUCUAUUUUAUAGAGCCUACGUUAGAAAAUAUUCAAAAGAUAUCACGAGAUUUAUCUAAUAAUUUAUAUGAUACGAUAUAUGUUAAUUUUUUAUCAUCAAUUCCUCGUUCGCUUUUAGAGGAUUUUGCAUCUAUUACGUCAUCGCAAAAUACGACAGAAAUGGUAUCACAAGUAUAUGAUCAGUAUCUUAAUUUUGUAGUUCUUGAUCAAGAUUUAUUUAGUUUAUGUCUUCCAAAUACAUAUUAUACGUUUAAUCAUCAUUCAGUAUCAGAAUCAGCUAUAGAAGAGAUUGCUGAUAAGAUUUCAAGUGGUAUUCUUUCAGUGUUGAUUACAUUGGGUGUAGUUCCAAUUAUUCGAUGUCCGUCAAAUAAUGCAUCUGAAAUGAUUGCUCAAAAAUUGUGUUGUAAAUUACGUGAUUAUAUUUUAAAUACUAAAAGUGAUCCUACUUUCAAUUCGUCAUCAUCAUCAUCAUGUUAUCGUAGACCAGUUUUAAUUAUCUUGGAUCGUACAAUUGAUCUUAUUCCUAUGCUUAGUCAUUCUUGGACUUAUCAAUCACUUAUUAAUGAUGUUCUUGAAAUGAAAUUAAACAGAAUAACUGUUAAUGUUAUGGAAUCUGAUAAAAAGGCAAUUAAGAAGAAUUAUGAUAUUUAUCCUCGUGAUUUUUUCUGGGAAAAAAACUCAAAUACUCCAUUUCCUCAAGUAGCUGAAAAUAUUGAUUCAGAGUUUAUUCGUUAUAAAAAUGACGCUAAUGAGAUUUCUAAAAAAUCAGGUUUAGAUAUUGCAGAUUUUGAUAAUUCAAGUAAAUCAGAGAAUCUUAAAUUAGCUAUGACAGCUUUACCAGAACUUACAUCUCGAAAACAAAUUCUUGAUAUGCAUAUGAAUAUUGCUACAGCUUUAUUAAAGGAUAUUAAAGAACGUCAAUUAGACAAUUGUUAUGAAAUAGAGGAGUCUAUUACACGUUGUACAAAAUCUAACAUUCUUGAAAUAAUAAAUGAUCCACAAAAAAAGCCGGAAGACAAAUUGAGGAUUUUUAUAAUUUAUUAUCUUAGUGUUGAAAAUAUUAGCAACGUUGAUAUGUUUGAAUAUGAUGAUGCAUUGAAGAAGGCAAAAUGUGAUCUUAGACCUUUAAAUUAUAUUAAAAAAGUAAGAGAGAUUACAAAAAUGACUACGAUGAUAUCUCCUCCAGUACAAAAUUCUAGUGCUUUUUCAAAUACAGGUGAUAAUCUUUUUCGAGGAUUGAAUUCUCUUAGCAGUAUACUUACAGAAAAACUUAAGGAUGGUGCUAUUACAGGGGGAUUAGAAAAUCUCAUAUCUGGAGUUAGAAAUUUUCUACCAUCUUAUAAAGAUUUUACUAUAACAAAGAUAGUAGAAAGUUUAAUGGAACCUACUUCAUCAAAUAUUAGCAGGACUGAAGACUAUCUUUACUUUGAUCCGAAAAAUCAUCAAGCUCAACAAAAUCCUAUUCGUAAACAACAAUUUAACGAAGCAAUUGUAUUUAUGGUUGGAGGAGGGAAUUAUCUUGAAUAUGGAAAUUUACUUGACUGGGCAGCACGAUAUCCUGGAACAAAAAAACGAAUUAUAUAUGGCUCUUCUGAAUUAUUAUCUCCAAAAGCUUUUUUAGAUGAAUUAAGUCGGUUAUCUUCAUAAAUUUUAUUAGUUUUAAAAAUUAUCAAUUAAUCUAUGUAUGUAAAUU